AUGGCUGGUGGAUUUGUAUGGACUGAGAGCUACGAUGGAGCUACUGUAGCAUUUAUGAUACUGGGAGCUGCCCUGGUAUUUGUGAUGUGCCCAGGACUGGGGUUUCUAUACUCUGGGUUAGCUAGACGUAAGUCUGCUUUGGCACUCAUAUGGGCUGUAUUGAUGGCUACACAUGUGGGUAUGCUUCAAUGGUACUUCUGGGGUUAUUCACUGGCUUUCUCAAAUACUGCACCUAAUAACAAGUUCAUUGGUAACUUGGAUUCUUUUGGGUUCCGUAACGUUUAUGGUCAGACCGAUGAGAGUGUAGAAUAUCCCGAGAUUGCAUUUGCAGUGUUCCAGAUGAUGUUUCUGUGUGUUACUUUGAGUAUUAUCGCAGGUGCCACUGCUGAGAGAGGCCGUUUGCUGCCGCAUAUGGUUUUCUUGUUCCUCUUUGCAACGAUUGUGUACUGUCCAAUUACUUAUUGGAUUUGGGCUCCCGGUGGCUGGGCCUACCAAUGGGGGGUCUUGGACUGGGCUGGUGGUGGACCAGUUGAAAUCUUGAGUGCUGUUGGCGGGUUUGUCUAUUCGUACUUCUUGGGCCGUCGGAAGGAAAGCCUCUUGAUUAAUUUUAGACCCCAUAAUGUGUCCAUGGUGACUCUCGGUACAUCUUUAUUGUGGUUUGGAUGGCUAGCAUUCAAUGCUGCUACCUCCUUGUCACCAAAUUUGAAGUCCGUGUAUGCAUUUAUGAACACUAAUGUGAGUGCUGUAACCGGUGGUAUGACAUGGUGUUUGCUAGAUUUCAGACUAGAGCGUAAAUGGUCUACGGUGGGUCUAUGUUCUGGUAUCAUUUGUGGGCUUGUAGCUGCUACACCAAGUUCUGGUUGCAUAACAUUGUAUGGAUCGCUAAUCCAGGGUAUUAUUGCCGGUAUCGUGUGUAACUUCUCCACCAAGAUCAAGUACUACAUGAAAGUGGACGAUUCUCUCGAUCUUUUGGCUGAGCACGGUAUCGCAGGUAUCGUGGGAUUGUUCUUCAACGCCUUAUUUGGUGCUGACUGGGUCAUUGGUAUGGAUGGAGUUACAGAACACGGUGGUGGCUGGAUCACACACAAUUGGAAGCAAAUGUAUAAGCAAAUCGCUUACAUUGCAGCCUGCGCUGGUUACUCUGCUACAGUGACUGCAAUCAUCUGCUUCGUGCUAAACAAGAUCCCUGGAUUACAACUAAGAGUCGACGAAGAGGCAGAGGCCCAUGGUCUCGACGAGGACCAAAUUGGAGAAUUCGCUUACGAUUACGUUGAGGUGAGAAGAGAUUAUUAUCAGUGGGGAGUCGACACAGACAACGCACAUAGUCUCGGCGAUAGCGAAGCUAAUCACCACCAUAGUAUCACUGCUGAUACGACUGCAUCUUCCGGUGAGGCUGCUGAUGAGUCACCAAACUCGGAGAAGGGGCCUAUACCGCAACAAACUGCAUAA